AUGGAAGUUCCUGGCCUUCCUCGAAUUUCUGCCCAUGUUAUCAUCAACGGCCAAGUGGCGAAAGAAUACGCCCCACCCGAGUUUUUAGAAGAGGAAGCCAAUCUUCCGACGAGAAUUCGCUACAUCGAAUCUCAGUCAGGACAGACUUAUACUGUCCGCGUCAAGCUCGACGACAGGAAAGCCCCGCUACAAUUCCCAGAUUUUAAAUUUUCCAUCAACCUCUACGUAGAUGGAGAGCACAUCGAGGGUCACUUUCUGACACGUCAUGAGUCACGCUACGAGUUUGUCGGGCCUUGCCAUAGAACCUCUGUGCCUGAACAAUUAAUGAGGCAGAAACUGGUAUUCGCGCCCAUUUCAGCAGUUGAAAGCGAGCCUACGGCCAAAAAAACCGCUCUGCAAAAAGGAGAAGAAGCUAGGGUGGUGAAGGAUAUUGGAACACUUCGUAUUGAAGUUGUAAAAAAUCUCGCUUUACUAAAGAAGGGGAAAUUGUCCUAUAAAAUGAUACGGGAAAAGCCUAAAUUAACCAUUUCUGAGAAGUUGAUCAAGGGCAAAGCUAUUUCUCAUAGGACGGUCUUCUCCGAGGGCACAAUUGAGGGGGAUCCCACUGUCUACUAUUAUGAUUAUACUCCACUAGCCGAUUUCAUAUUCCGCUAUCGCUCUCACCGUGCCCUUCAGCAGGAGUUCAUCAUUCCGCGAACUCCGUCUCCUGAACCACCAUCCGUCUCACAAGAGAUUGAUUCCAUGUCCGCAGCGGAUAUCAAGCGUCUUGCAGAGCGCAUGCUCGCUAUCGAUAGACAAGACGUAAAAAGAGUGAAAAGAGAGAGUAGCACUUCAGAGCGCCGCCGGGUGUUCAUCGAUCUUGUGGACGAACCGGACGAAUAA